UGCCUCAGUGCUAACGUAAGGCUUGCUGGUGUAAAGGCGAAAGCUGUAGCCCGGAAAUCGACAACGGGCUCCCCCUUCUUUUUUUUUUCUUCUUCGUGUUUUUCGUGUUGCAUCGUUCGCCACCAUUUUGUCGACUUCGUACUUUAAUUUGCCUUGAAAAAUAGAGACCGGCAUUUUCUUCCGCUCGUUUACUAGUCUCAAGUAGUCGCAAUCGUAUUGUGCAGAAAGUGUCUGUGUGUCCGCGUUUCUACGGUAACAGGCCAGUGACCAAGUGCAAUAGGACGGACAGUGUGCCUGAAAGAGGACGACGCCACUUUUAGCGAUGGUUCCCCAAAGCCUUGGUCGAUUUACAGCGUCGACAUAGGGAACACACGGGAGAAUGGGUAGAAAAAGCUGAAGGACGACUAAAUAGGUGAUAGGGCCAUGGGCAAUCGAUCGAUAUGUCGGUAGUGUGACACGAGUCUUCGAAACCCGUCAACCACUGUUCAUUCGUCUUUUUGUCAUGACUCGACAUACGGAACUAUAUUCACCUCUGAAGACUUCAGGACAUCGUGUCGAAACAAUAUUCAUCGCGUAGUGUUUCGUUAAUUAUGACAUCGACUUUUUCGUGGGAGAUGAUAGAGUGAUUGUGAGUUUUCAGUGCUUGGCGUUUGACUUCGUUGAACAACAUUUGAAACGAGCAUUAUGGCCAACAAGACAGUACGGCAGAAAAAGUUAGGACCGGCUCCGUUUGCAUCGUUUGAAGAUUCCUUUGAUGACCUGUCCAGCCCAGAAUCAAAAGGCUACCAGCCUAUGCCGGAAAUUUGCGAAGAACGCUAUCAGCAGACGGACAAUAAUAACGACGUUUCGGCGUCUACUUCAACAGCACAAACGCCGACUACGCCGAGGAUAGACGUCGAACAGGCCAGCAGUCCAUCGCAGGGUGAAAGUGACGAUUCGACCCCCGAGAGGGAGCUCUUUGGCCUAGAUAUGGCCGCCGAUAAAUUAACAUCGGCUUUUUUGGAAGGAGCUGCCGAUGUUGAUCUCCGCUCUUCGGCAGAAGGAAUGGGCAUCCCGUACUCGUCGGAUUGCAGCAAGGGAAGACUUUCCAGGAAUUCGUCCCUCCUAGCAACGGGGAAGUCGACUCCAGUCAGCAGGAGGGAUACUGGGCAACAACAAGUCGUCGAAGCUCAACAUCGCGGCAACCCGUUGGAACGAAGAGGAUCCAUGGGAAGAAAUAACGGCAACAACGCUACGGAUCCCUUCGCCUUUCCAUGUCGAGAAACCCGAUUGUCUUCCAUCUCAUCCAACGUUUCGGCCACCUCCGGCAUGUCAUUCCUGUCGGCCUUCUCCGGCCGUCGAUCCCCAUCACCGCAUCGAAUGCAGUUGGAAACAUCAUUUUGUGGGCCGAAAACGAUGGCCUCUGCUGCGGCUAGAGAGGCUGCAGAGGACGAAGAGCUUCAAGAUUUUGAUGCUUCUCGACGUCCAUCACUUCUCAAUCCGUCCGCUUGGUUAGGACAUGGAUCAAGCAGAUGCGCAUCACCCGUUGGUACUCCGUCAUCUCCCGGCUUUAUGCGCGCAAGCAUGUUUAAGUACGCCACGGAGCCUCGGUCACGUCCUACCAGUCCUAUGGGCUGGAAUUCGGCAGCUCCGUCGCCGGGGGCGAGUCUGACCAUCGCCGGUGAGUUUCCGGCUUCUUCGCGAUGGCUAGUCUCACCCAGAUGCCAAAGACGUUCCUCUUCUCCUCAUAGGACUUUGGUAGAGACUUCCUUCUGCGGCCAUAUGCAAAUGAAAGUGCCUGAUGAUGAAGUGGAGCCCAGAGGGCCUAGCCCUAUGCCUAGUCUUGGCUCGCUUCUUUCCAUCCAGUCACAGCCCGUCAAAUACGCCACGGAACCUCGUUCUCGGCCGGCAAGUCCGACGGCGAGUAAAAGCUAUUUCAGCCUAACUCCCGUUCCGACAGAUUCCCGCCGUAAUUCUCUCGUUUUACCAGCUGGUCGCUGUCCAUCACCAAUGAUCGAGACCUCCUUUUGCGGCCCGAGACAUCUAGUGAGGAAAGACAGUAAAGAGGAUCCUUCCAGUCUAGGUGAAGCUCCAAGAGCUCCUAGUAGUUUCUCGAUGAAGCCGUCAGAAACCGGUGGCCAAGAAGCGACGACAAGUUUGCGGCCCAUCAAAUAUGCGACUGAGCCGCGUUCCAGACCUGCAAGUCCAGCAUCGAGUGUCCAGCACGCUAUUGUAAUAUCAGCAUCUGUUUGCCGAACGGAUUCUCCUAUUUUAAUUAACCGAACAGCUCGAUCACCCUCACCGCAUCGAAUGCGAGUAGAGACAUCAUUCUGCGGACCCAAGCAAAUCCGCCAGGAAUCCAUGGCUGGAGCGAAAACAGAUGAUCCACUUGCCAAAGAAAUUGAGUCUAACGUUACAGAAGUUUCAAUACAUGCCCUUCCGGUAAAGUACGCAACCGAACCGAGAUCUCGUCCGGUUAGUCCUUGCAAUAUGUUGAGUCGUAAUUGUCCGACUCCGGAUCCGGAAAUUCGAGCCAUGCGAUCUCCUUCUCCGAUGAUGGUUGAGACCUCAUUCUGUGGCAACAAAUCGUCUGUCAAAGAUGAUGAUAUUGCCAUUAAUUAUCAAAAGGUUGUCAAUAUUGGAGAGCCGGCCCGACCGCAAUCAACAAUUCCGGUCAAAUAUGCAACGGAACCCCGAUCGCGACCAAGCAGUCCCGGCUUGCGUUUACUGAGCAACCACACUACUCCAGUGCUCGAUCGACGACACCGUUCGCCUUCGCCACACCGGAUGCUAGUUGAAACUUCGUUUUGCGGACCCAAACAAAUGACACGCCAAGAAAGCGAAAUAAUCGAAGCUGUCCAAUCGGUUUGCAGUCGAUUACAGGGACGGGAUCAAGAAGAAGCAGACGAUUUAUCCAACUCCUCUGGUUCUGUGUUUGAAUUGCCCAUCGUACGGAACCAUUUCAACGAGCAAACGAUACAGAGUAAUAGCCCGUCGUCGAGCUUGUUGGGCGCAAUGGCCUAUGAUGAGAAACAGGAGGCAGCUGAAUUUCCGACCAAUUGGCCAGACCAACCUGUCUCUGAGUUUGCAGCUACUUGGCCCAUCCUUCACAUGUCGACGUUUGAGUUGUCUCCGGAGAAGAAAUCUAGAUCGUCCUCAGAGGACACGGCCAGCCCGCCGUCACAGCGUAGCAACGGACAUAUCGUAUCAAUGCCUCCGAAGGCUUCUACUGUAACCGCUUCGCCAAUUCCGGUACGAUCAGGACGUCAAAUGCCCAAGCCGGUGCCCUGUCCUAAGCCUCCUCAAAGCUUCAUUCCUCAAUCCGACUCGUCAGCUCAGAGUUCUCCGCUAGCUUCUCCGGCUCUAUCCAGACGUUUCGAAUCCGCUUCGCCGUCUCCUUCAUCUCCUUUCCCGAGUAGGCGGACAUCGCUAGGCAGUAGUUUGAGAUCAAAUCAAGGAGCCGAAGAUGUUCAAACGACGGAUCAACCAGCCCGUGAAUUUAAUGCGAAACUAAUCAAAAGCGGAGACCUGUCAGAUGAGAGUCCCCAUCAUUCGCAACCGGAAAAAAUGGACAGGAAGGACGGGCAUAAAGGCCGGAGCGUUCUUUCCGUCCUCUUUGGAAAGCGGGGUGGAAGGAGCAAGUUAAAGGACCAAGAUCUUGAAGCUGUCGAUGAAAAAUCAAUGAUGACCAGCAACCAAAACGGCCAGCAACAAGAAUCGGCAAGUCGAAUGCUUAGCCUUCCCUUGCCAUCUCGCGAUUCCUCACCUGGUCGAUCUCUGGGAGAUUCCGGCCAAAGCGGGGACGAUUUGGACGAGGCAGAUGGGUUCCAACAUCAAGUCUUAGAUACGGGUAACGAAUCAGGCGAUAACCUAGUGGAAUCGGAAUUGGACCCUGUGCCAGCUUUAGCUCCAACAUCCAGUAAUUCUCCAAAGGAAGAGAUCAGCUUUUUUCAUCAAGAUUCAAUAGAAGAAGAAUUGCCUUUCGUUCCGACAACUUUGCCAAUAGAACGGCCUAUCGCUCCGGUCAUAACUCCCGUCCGGAUGCGAACGAGUGAAGUCAAGACCACGCCCACUCAACGACCUCGUUGUUCCAUUUCUUUCGGUCCGAGUUCCAUCGGCGAUUACGUCAAAAUCGCCAGAGCGGAUAGUGUUGUCGCAGAAGAUCCGUCAGGGCUUGCCACGACCCCAAAAAUCAUCGUAUCGCUACCGAAGCCGGAACGGGAAGAAUCUGUUGAUGAUUUAGCAUCAACCAUUCCUGCUGUUAAAGUGACGGUGGGCAGCGUUUGCAGCAAUUGGGAAGCAUUCUCGGAGCAGGUUUUUAUGCAAAGCGUCAGCUCACGAAAGCGGUUCCGACAGGGGAGUGAGGAAGUGUUGGAAAAGAAUGGGACUCAGCCAUCUACACCUGGCGAAACCAAGCCUCAACAGCCACCAAUUCCCAAAUCCAGUCAAUGGGUCAACGUAGAAGAGCUUCCCGAACCUGUCAAGGAAGCUAAAGCCAUUAAAGUAGUGAAGACCAGCGCAAUCAAGGAACAAACUCUGCAAACAGUGACGGAUCAAGCGACGGAGGAAGCGUCUGGGACGACGAUAGGCGAAAGGACGCCAGAAGAGGAUGAUGUAGACAAAAACUUGGGCCUUCCGGUUCGUAAGGACUCCGUUAGCAGUGAGACGGCGCUGUUGAGGGAGAUCGAAGAAGCUGAACUGGAGGAGGAUCGAUCUCCUCCCGCCGACGAUGGCGAGGCAUCCCUUUCGAUUUGUCAAAGACAUUCGCAGUCGAGUUCUCUGGCCGAAUUGGAUAGUAACCUCGACGAGGUGGAAGCCACAGAAUUGGCCAACUCCAAUUUGCUAUCCGUCGCGCCAUUUGGCAUGGAUCUAGACGUCCACAGUAAUCGGAGCUCUGUGGUAGCGCCGAGCGAAGACAUAGCCAGUAGCAGCCCGGAGGACGAGGAAGAGUUACCCAUAUCAACGCAGUAGAUCUAGUGAUAACCAAUCCAAAUACAAAGGAGAAGACAUCAAAUUGAAGCUCGUGUUAUCUUCGCGUCAUUAAGUGCUUUGUCUAUUAUUAGCUUUGCCAUCGUUUGGAUUUCCUUGAAAUUAGUUGUCGAUAUUCAAUAGCCUCAGCUGCCAAAAAAGUGGCGUCGUGUUCGCCAUUUGUUUCUUCCUUUCUGUUUGUGCUUUUCUGCCUACAUUGCGCUGUCUUUUCGGACAACAGAUAUUCACAGGAAGGGAUAAACUUCUCCCGAUAAUGACGCUAUGUAGCCAUGUAGCCCAUCAAUCUAGGUUUUUCUCUCUGCGGGAGGACAAUAGUUCGACAGUUGAUAAUAACUGCCAACGUGAACAAACUUAGGAAACCCUUGUGUUUGUAUUAACAUAUACUAUAUAUCAAGUUGACCUCUUAAUUGCGUGUUUCCAUACAGUUUCUCACUUUUGGCGUCCCUGUAACCUAAUCAAGUAUGCAGAGUUGUUGUGAAUAUGACAAAGGAAUGCAUCACGGUAAUUCCACUGAUCUUAUAGUAAUAACUAGGGUAUUCGUAAUGGUAAUAACAAUCAGAUUAGCAGCGUGUUGCAUCUUUAUGUUUAACCCAGUUCAGGUUUCGUGUUUUCAUAUUUAAUCACGACAACGGUUUUUGUCCCUUCUCACCUAGUGAUUUAAAUUGUCUUACAGUUUGAUUCUUCAGAUAAUUAUUUUGUAUGGAGAAUCUUCUUUUCUCCUUCGUCUUUCUUCAUGAAACCCGCCUCGCCCUGCAUUACUUCCAAUUGCAUCUAAGUUGUUUGUAAGAUAGUGGAGAUUUUAGCGCACCGGUUCGCUCAACAAACCGCAAUCUGUGUUUCAUAUUUCUUGAGUUUCAUCUCUUUAUCCCGUCAUCAAAUCCACGGCAAUAUUUCCCCCCUCUUUUUGCGUAUUACGUAAUUUGAAAUUUAUUCGUUACAUUCCCUUGUUCUUAAAAAAAAACAAAAAAACUCUUUACAUAACCCUAAUCUAUUGCUGUUUUCUCUUAUUGGUGUGUUAUAUGGUGUUCUCCAGUUGCUUCUUCGUUUUAUUUUUGUUUUCAUCCUUUAUACCUGUGUGAAAACAUAGGUAGAUGCGCUGUUCUGAUCAAAACAACAACAAAAAAUAGAAAAAGAAAAGUUAAAUGAGAAAUACAUAUACUUAUCUUAUCAUACCUUCA